CGCCGCUCCCACAUACUUUCCCUUGCGGCCUUGCCCUCGAGGCCUCGACUUCGUGUUUGCGGGUGCCCUUUCCCUUCGAAGCAAAACCCCAUCCUAUUCCCCCAAAUCCCUAGAUCUCCUUCCAUGCCGCCGCCUACGGAGAUGCGCGGCGGCCCGCCGCCGGUCGUGGGCCACCGGUCGGGGUUGCUAUUCGAUCCCCGCAUCAAGGCAUCAGGAGAAGACGACCCCGCCGCCACCGCGGCGGCCACCUCCACCACGAGCAACGGCCUGGAGAUCCGCCUCUCCGCCUGCCUCGCCUGCCCCCCUGCGAUGUCCUAUGUGCGCAUGCGCACCGACGAGCGGCCGGUCAAGGUUCCCAACGUCGUGGCGGCCCACGGCGACCUCCUCCUCAUCCAUAUGGCCAUCCCUUGCGACGGUCCCUUCUACUGCGAGGUUGACUGGUUCGUCUACAGGGCCGAUCCCGCGCGCCCAUGGCUCCGUCGCAUUCCCUGCGAUCGCAUUCUAUCGCGCCCCGCUGGCAUCAUCUCCCUCGGCGACGAAUUCGUCGUCGCGGAACUGCAGCUAAUUCGUACCUUUGAAGGCCUUGAUCGGGCGGCGCUCGCUGAAGGCCGCUCUGUGGACGUCAAGGGCCUCCCGAUGCUGGAACUGCCCUACCUCUUCCGCUACUCGUCUGCCACCGACCUGUGCGAGCACAAGCCGCUCGCCAUGCCCUACGACGGCGAUGCUCUCAAGCCCUUCGAGUGGUUCACGGACAAAGUGUUGGCCGCCGACGGAUCGGUGAUGUACUGGGUCGACCUCCACCGCGGCAUACUGCAUUGCGAUGUCGCUGCUGACUGCCCUGAGCUCUGCUUCAUCCGCCUGCCGGAGAUCGAAAUCUGGAAGGAUAUCGUUGAUCAACGAUGCACAUUCCCAGAGGUAAACCGCACUGUUGGCAUAUGCAAGGGCCUCGUCAAGUUUGUCGAUGUCGACAAUGGCCGCUUUGAAACCCGAAGACUGAAGACCAGGUUCACAGUCACCACCUGGGUUCUCAAUAAGAUAAAGAUGCCAGCGGAGUGGAUGAAGGUUGCUGUCCUCCAGGUGAACGAUGAGCUCUGGACGCUCCCAAACUUCCGGGACUCACCGCUUCCUCGGUCAGCACCGCUGUGCCCAAUGGUGAGCGCCAAAGAUGUUCGUCUUUUCCACUUCAUUCUGGCGGAGGAUAAGCACUAUCGUUGUCAGGACUGGAUGAUCACAUUCAACAUGCAUAAGAAGCUGCUGCAUUCGUACGAGUGCCGUUACAAUCCUCCAGGUGAUCAUUGUGAUCUGUCUGUAGUCCCUGCCAAUCCUUCAGCAAGUAACAUCAAGCCAGGGGAGAUGAUUCCCUAUCCACUUUUCGGUAAAAAGCAUCAAGUCAGAUAAGAUCAACCAGAAAACCAACAUGUGUUGCAAGCAAAGGUGGCGGAUGAUGCCCAUGCCUCCUGCAUGUCGUGCUAUUGGCUAAUGCUUCGGUCUUCUUUUGAAUUAUCACGUCAACAGUAGUCUUGGACUCGCCAAUAAUAACGACUAUCUGAUAUUUAGGUUGUGCUGUUGCCUUUUAAUGUAUAAUUAACUCGUUGCAAUAAGGUACUCAGUUUUCAUUUAUCUGGUUGUAUCUUACAUUGCCUUUUAACUUAAUGUAUCAUUAAGUCGUUGCAACAAGGUACUUUUUUUUAUGAAACGUUGCAACAAGGUUCU